CCUACGAUUUAGUCUUCGACGAAAGCCGCGUAGUACAUAUCGUUCCUUUUGCUACACGUACUAGUACGCAUAAAAUAUGUCGGACGUUAAAUAAUUUUAAUUUACAUACUAACGUUUUUACCAGCGUAUUCGUUUUUUUAUUAUUUUGCUCUCGGUACAGUUACGUUUGGUUAUAUCAUUCGUACGAUUAGGGAAAUUUAAGGCAUUUAAGGAUUAUUACUUGCAGACGAAGACGAUAUCCAAAUUAGUAUAAUUAAAACUUUAUCAGUUCGAAGCACGAGCGAUGGAACAUAUUAUUAUUAUGACUAGUUAUUAAUAUUUAUAACCAUAUAUGAAUAAUGGGUAAUUCAAACAGUCAUGGAAUUCCUUAUGCAACGAGCGACACUCAAGCAAUACCGCCACAUUCAUGGGCAUACUCUUUUCCUAGGUCACAAUAUUUUGGUCCGGUAGGACCAAACGGUUUACCUCAACAUUUACCUAGUCCACGAUUACGUCCUCCGGAAAAUGGAACAACUAUGCUUAAUGGUGGACCGAUUAUAUCUAAAAGGCCAUAUGACUACAGAGAUAAUGAUGAAUUUCAACGAGGAUACCAUGUACCCAGACACUAUCAGCACGAAGAACAUAGGAAAAAUCGUAUAGGUUAUAAUAUGUACAAUAGUGAGCCAGAUUUAAGAUUUGCCUUAAAUCAACAUCAACCUCUAGCUCCUGUUUAUGAUCAUCAUCACAAUCAUCGAGGAGAGACUAAAGGACGAUUAUCAAGAUCAAAAAAGAAGUACAAGGCACCUCAACUACCUCUACAACAUCGUAACGGGAUGGAAAGUUCAUCCCCAGAUUCUUAUCAACAUUGGGAAAACCAAAAAGAAAACAGUCGAUCUAGUCAUAGUAAUGGAAUGCCAAGGUUAAGGUUAUUCAAAACUAGAGCAGAAACAAAUCGUAAGACCAGUAAAGAUGAAAUAACAAAAAAUCCAGAAAAUAUUUUGAGUAAUAAACCUCUAUCUGGAAAUUUACAUCGCAGUAUGUCGUCUCCCCAGUUUCAAGCUGAAUUGAAAAGAGUUACUGAAAAGUUGAGGGAAAAAGAAUACCGCCAUCCACCAGUUGGGCGAGCUUCGGAGAGUUCUUCAAAUACAGCGUCGGAAGAACAUGCAGUUAUCGCCCACGACAUUGAGAAACGUCAAGAGGAUUUAGUAAACUCUAAUAGAAAGCGACUUAUGGCUGAUCGAGCCAAAAAUUUAUCUAAAUCAAUACCAAACUUGGUAGCAGUAGACCGAAUAGAUGAUAGUGUUCGUUAUAUGGGCGAAGGAUCAUCAGCUACAGGAUCUAACGAUGAAAAUAAAAACUGCAAAAAAAUUGAUAAGCCGAAAUCUAAUGUGUCAGAUAAUAAGCCAAAAACAUUUUACUUUGGCAUGAAUGAAUUCAGUGAUGACAGGACAAAUUGUAGAAAUGUUGAAGAUGUGAAGAGAUUUACAGAAAAUUAUAAAAAAUCUAACCCUUCUCCUUCGGAUAGUUUGACUAGCAGUGACCCAACUGACGAAAGUGGAGGUGAUAUCUCACUUCAGUUACGACCUACUUUACCAAGAAAACAGUUUGAUAUACCAAGGUUCAGUCCAACAGCUGCUUGGCGUUUGUUAACAGCCUUAGAAAGUCCGACGCCAAAUAGCCCAAAUUAUAGUGGCGGAGAAGAAGAUUUAAUACAAGUUAUUGAUCAACCUCAUCAUAAUAAUGGUGAUAAAUCUGGUGAUAGUGGUAUAUCUGGUGAUGCUAGUCCUCAUUCAGCACAUAAUUCUCAAGUGGCUUGGACUCCACAACAAGACUUAGAAGAAACAAGUUCGGAUGGAGGUCUAGAUUCGGCUCCAGUAUCGCCACAAAGUUUAGAUGCUGUUCAGUUUUCAAGAUCUCGUACAGUUGCUAGACCAAGUUUUUGUUUGUCACUCCCCAAGGAAGAUAAUACAGUACUUGAUACACGAUAUGGACAAUCAAGUGAAGAAUUUUCACCUAUGAAUCCACCAAAAGCUAGUAGUUACUUUAAAUCUAAAUUAAAUAAAACUAAAGUAGCUCUUGAAAAAAGUAAGUCACGUUUGGACGAUAAUUGGGUAUUAAGCAAAAGUGUACCGGAUUCGUUACAUAAGUCUGGCUUAGUGGGUAACUAUCCAUCUUGUAAUUGGGAACAAGAAGAAUAUUUAGGUAUUGACGAGCCUACUGAUGAAAAUUUAACUAUGUCUUCGCUGCCCAAAUUUUCAUAUUUAGCUGCUGGAAGACGUGCUAUGUAUUUACCAGAAUAUAAAUCUUUAAACUGCAUGUAUCCUAGAAGUGAAAAAAAUAAUUUUGAAGAGAGAAUUAAAAACAUAUCUCAAUCUUGUGAAAAUUUAACACGUGAUAACCAAAAAGAUGAUAUAUUACCUAUAAAAAAUGAUAGAGUUCGGCAAAAGAAAUCGGCGAGUAAAAAAUUCGCCUUCCAAAGUACAAUCAGACAAAUCGAACGUAGGAAAAUAGCUGAAAAGUUAGCCAAGGAAGCAGAGCAUAAAGAACGCCAGCGAUUAAGUGAAAUGGAAGCAAUGCGACGUGUUGAAGAAGAAUUCCAAAGAAAACGCGAGAGGGAAAAAGCUAACAUCCGGCAACAAUUAAGACUGUACACAUUAACUCAAGGAGACAGAGAACCCGCUCAACCACUUCCAUCAGGAACUCAAGUGUUAUCAGAAUUCCGAGAAGCAAGACGUGACUAUAAGGACUAUAAUACUUCCAGCAGAAAUGUAGAACACGAUUACAAUGCAGAAAGUUUUAUUAAAAAGACUGUUACAACUGUUCACCCUAAAGUCGUAUAUCAAAUGCCCAAAAGUACACCAGUGUAUGUAACACCUAAUAGCUCUCGUAAACAUACUAGUGAAAAAGGAUCGUCUACCUCAACAUCUGCAAAUUACAGAAGGGAUUUUGCUCAAGGAGCUUUGCCACAUUCAGUAGCCAGUUCAGAUUCCGAAGUGUCAGUAUCGCAUACUAGAUCAACAUCUCGGACGAAUCAUCGAAGCAGGUCGACAAGCCCCAUUUCCGAUCAAGAAAAUAGUUAUGUCGAUACUGACUUUGAUAAUGCAAACUUCACAUCUAAAGUGGAGGAAGAAUGUCAAUUGAACAGUUCAAUGAGAAAUGAUGGAGUUACCAAUGAAGUAAUACCCACACACGGUAUUAACACAUUACAACCAUUUUCCAAAAAAAAGAAUUCAAUGUACAAACCUAUAUUUUUCAAUCCAAUAAUUAAAAAUAAAUUUGCUCAACCAUUAAUUUAGAAUUGGACUACCUUUAAGUAAAAAAUAUAUUUUAAAUUGUUAAUUAAUUUUUACUAUUUUUAAUAUUGUAACCAACAUUUAUUAUUUCCUAGUUUAUAUUAUAAAUAAUAAGCCUUUAUAAACAUACAUUUAAAGAGGCUUCAUUACAAUUAUUGUUAUAGAGUUUUAAUUAGUAAAAUUUUAAUUAAUCCAAUUAUUCUCCAUAAUAUUAUUUUUUAAAACAUAAUGUUAUUAUUUGAAAGUUAACAUGUUUAUAAUUGUUGAUUUUUUUU